AUGUGGAACAGAUCACGAGCUUGUAGUAUGUCGAGAAUAUUAACGCCUGUAACUGAACAAAUCAGUUCUCAACCACGUUAUGGUAGUUCACAUAGAUUAGAAUCGACAAAAAAUUCGAUUUCAUCAAUAUCUCCAGCAUUCGAACAUCGACAGCUCUUUGACGAUAAGCAAUUGUCUUCGAGUACUUAUAUCAAACCGAUUCUUUCGGAAAAUGAUGAUGACAAUGAUUCCAGUACUAUGUUAGCAGAAACACCUUUUUUCUAUACUUUUAAUAAUUCUGUUACUAAUAAUAAUGAAAGAUUAAUUCGACACUAUGAUAACGAUGAAAAAGAAAUCAAAAAUACUCUACAAAUGCACAGUGAUAUGAACAACAAUGAUGAGUCAAUAGUUGAAGAUAACUGUCGAACACUAUUGAACAGUUUGAAAGAAAAAUGUGGUCUUAAUAAGCUAAGACAAUUAUGUAGCGUCUUAAAGUCAAUUGAUGAAGAUUAUCAUAGAUUGAGACAUAGUCAGAAAUCAAUGCAUACCCGACCAUCACUCGAUAUUGAAAAUAGUAGUCGAAUAGAUGGAAAAUUCAACGGUUAUUCAGAUAAGAUUGAAAUAGAAAAAAUAAAAAAUCACACAACCACAUCAACACGAUCUGAUCAUUCAGAAUCUGAAUCAUCUCACACAAAAGCGUUUUCUCAUGAAGAUGGCAGACAUUAUCCCCAUUGUCAUCACCAUACACCGAAAUCACAUGAUUCUUCAGAAAAACGAGGAUUCAAUCAAUACAGUAAAUAUCGUCCUUGUACAAAACCGAAUACAUCAUUUUGGAUGCAUCAUCGAAGACCAAAACCAUCUAUUCUGCCAGACUAUCACCAUCAUCAAUCUCACGGACAACAUACUACAAAAGCUUCGGUAAGACAGUCUUCUCCCACUACUCUUUCUCCAUCACCGAACCAAUCGACAACUCUUUUGACUAAAUCGAUUCCAACUGGCACACCCACGAGCACUCAGCGUCGUUCAAAUGAAAAAGAAAUUCUUUCUCGUCAAAAUCAAAUAUUAAAUACGGAUAUUCAUUCAAUGCAAUCAUCAUCGAGUAGUAAUAGUGCAAUUAACAUCAGUAUUAAACCUGGUGCUAUGGAGCGACCAAAUUCUUCUCCAACAUCAUCUGGACAUGAAAAAGAUAAAAUAAUACGAUCGACAUUUGAUGCUCGAAUUAUGGUACCAGAUAAUAUGAAAACACAAACUAUCACAAAAGACAGAAAUAGUGAAGAAAAGCAGACAAUCGACUUUAAUGUUUCAGGUCAAGUACACAUUUAUUGGAUACCACACGGUUUGAUUAAUAUCGAAGAACAUUUGAGAAAAUGGACAACAUUGCUACAAAAUUUAACAGCGAAAUUCGUGCGAGAAAUUGAACAUGAUCUGUAA